ACGUUCGUAUCUGUCGGUCGAACUAAAGUUCCUUUAGACAAAGAAUGGGCUGAACUCGCUUUAAAAGAAUUAAAAGGCAAAGAUCCGGAAAAAGCGUUAACAUGGCAUACCGCAGAAGGAAUAGAUGUAAAGCCUGUUUAUACAAAAACAGAUGCUGAAAUCAUUAAAGAUGAGAUCCCGGGAAAAUUUCCUUUUACAAGGGGUCCAUAUGCUACUAUGUAUACAGCAAGGCCUUGGACUAUUCGACAGUAUGCCGGAUUCAGUACUGUGGAAGAAUCAAAUGCUUUUUAUCGUAGGAAUUUGGCUGCUGGCCAACAAGGUCUUUCUGUUGCAUUUGACUUGGCUACUCAUCGAGGUUAUGAUUCAGAUCAUCAACGUGUAGUGGGUGAUGUUGGCAUGGCUGGUGUUGCAAUUGAUUCGGUAGAGGACAUGAAGGUUCUUUUUGAUGGAAUUCCGCUUAAAUCAAUGUCUGUUUCUAUGACAAUGAAUGGUGCUGUAUUACCAAUUUUAGCCAUGUAUAUAGUAGCGGGCUUAGAACAGGGUGCUCAAUUAAAAGAAUUGUCUGGCACUAUACAGAAUGAUAUUCUCAAAGAAUUUAUGGUUCGAAAUACGUUCAUAUACCCACCAGAACCAUCAAUGAAGUUAAUUGGUGAUAUUUUUUCUUACACUGCAAAGAAUAUGCCGAAAUACAAUUCAAUUUCUAUAUCUGGCUAUCAUAUGCAAGAGGCUGGUGCUGACAAUGUUCUUGAACUGGCUUUCACUAUUGCUGAUGGUUUAGAGUAUGCUAGAACAGGUAUCAAUGCAGGAAUGUCAAUUGAUCAAUUUGCACCAAGAUUAUCUUUCUUUUGGGGUAUUGGGAUGAAUUUUUAUAUGGAAAUUGCAAAAAUGAGAGCUGCUCGCCGUUUAUGGGCUCAUAUGGUUCAGGAAAAGUUCAACCCAAAAAAUAAAAAAUCAUUAAUGUUGCGUACACAUUGUCAGACCUCCGGUUGGUCACUUACCGAACAGGAUCCGUAUAACAAUAUUGUGAGAACAACUAUAGAAGCAAUGGCUGCUACGUUAGGAGGGACACAAUCCCUUCAUACAAAUUCAUUUGAUGAAGCAGUGGGUCUUCCAACAGAAUUUUCUGCCCGCAUUGCACGAAAUACUCAACUUAUUAUCCAGGAAGAAGCUUUUAUCCCCAAAGUUGCUGAUCCUUGGGGUGGUAGUUAUAUGAUGGAAAAUUUGACUGAUGAAAUUUAUCACACUGCAAGAAAAGUUGUGGAAGAAGUAGAGGAAAUGGGUGGAAUGGCAAAAGCUGUCGCAAGUGGUAUGCCAAAACUAAAAAUUGAAGAGAGUGCAGCUCGAAGGCAGGCUAGAAUCGAUUCUGGUCAAGAGACAAUUGUUGGAGUAAAUAAGUAUAGACUUGAAAAAGAGACAGAAAUUGAAGUCCGCACUAUUGACAACACUAAAGUAAGAGAAGAACAAAUUAAACGUAUAAAAAAUGCCAAGGCGACGAGAGACGAAACACUAGCACAAAAUACAUUAAACGCUCUAGAAGAAUGCGCAAGAACACAGAAUGGAAAUUUAUUGGAAUUGGCUAUUGAAGCAUCAAAGGCGCGAUGUACCGUGGGUGAGAUAUCAUAUGCACUUGAAAAAGUCUGGGGGCGUCACGAACCAACGAGUCGUGUUGCCAGUGGUGCUUAUAAAUCUGCAUAUGGAACUGCAGACGAAACAGAAGAGACAAUGAAACUAGUAGAGCAAACAAAAGAAAAGUUGGGUGUUAACCCAAGAAUUUUAGUGGCAAAAUGUGGCCAAGAUGGGCAUGAUCGAGGUGCCAAAGUGAUUGCUUCAGCUUUCAGUGAUUUUGGAUUUGAUGUCGAUCUAUCUCCAUUAUUCAGUACACCUGAAGAAGUAGUACGUCAAGCUAUUGACAAUGACGUCCAUGUUAUUGGUGUUUCUUCACAAGCAGCUGGACAUAAAACACUGAUACCGGCAAUUAUAAAUGAGCUUAAAAGACUCGGUAUAAAUGACAAAAUUGUAGUAGUUGGGGGUGUUAUUCCACAUCAAGAUUAUAAAUUCUUAUACGAUGCAGGAGUAAGUUCAAUAUUUGGACCCGGUACUAAAGUUCCCCAAGCUGCUAAAGAAGUUGUCUUAAAAAUUCAACAAAACAUAAAAGAUGAACCUAUAACAUCUGAUAAAUCUAUAUUGAUAGAAAUAUAUGUUAACGAAGGAAGAAUUGAAUUUAAGAAAUGUGGUAAAGAUUGCGGAGUUUUAUUCACGCCACGCACCGGUAUCGGUGAUGCAACGCAUUAUUGUGACGACAAUAGUUUUCGCGUAGAGUUGUUAGAAUGUGCUAAACUUUUGAAUUUGCCAAACGAUGAUUAUACGCGAGAACUAAUUGCACAAAUCCAGCUGGAUUACCUUUAUGUACCACAAAAUGAAAAGGAAUCUAUCUUACUUUUAGUUUCUGAAAGUGAACAAUCUAUAAAACAUCAAUUAUUGGGAAAAUGGAGUUUAAAUGAUUUGGAUGCAACCAUUUGCUUUACAGAGGUGUUAGACGACCUCAAGAUUCAAGAUCUAAAUCUAUGUUGUGACAUCUAUGAAGAUGUAGCUACUCGCGAGUCUCAUUUUAUGGAAGAGCCGAUACUUCCUAGUAGCAUACAAAAGAAUAAUCUGUAUCCCAUACCGACUUUAAAACAAUUAUCCAAUAAACUACCGAUUACGGAUGUCUCUUCUGAACCUUUCAUAGAAAGCGAGAUGCAACGAUUUACAUUGGAUGAUUUAUGUUUAUCACAUCAUGAAGAAGUGGUAGAUGAUAUUACAAAUAUUAUGUCAUUCUUAAAGGAAAAUGACAUUCGCAACUAUAAUGAUUUUAUUGUUUCUGUCAAAGAAUUGAAAUUUGAGAAUCAUUACAUUGAAGAACCUCUAAUUUCGAUAAAAGCCAAUAAAAGCGUACAAGAUCUGCCAACUAAAAUUAUUGAAGUUGUUCCCUUUAUUAUAAAUGAUAUUAAUGUAAACAUUAAGAAUGAUCAAUUGGUUCCUGAGGAAACUGGUGUAAAAGCACCUUUAGAGAUGUUAAAUAAAUGGGAAAGAAUUGAUGAAUCAACCCUUGAAAUUGAGGAAAUUCCAGAUUAUGGUUGUGUAGAAUUUGAUAUUCCAAUUGAUUUAUUUUUGCCUUCCCGCGAGACCCUUCAAUUAGAACCCGCAAUGAUACCUGUAAAAUAUGAUCCUUUGGAGAUAGAUCAUAGAAAACGACGAACGGAAUCUUUAGCACAAACAAUCAAGUCUGUGGUAUCUGAAGAUGAUGAUACCUUCAUGCAUCAGAAAUUAGAUGAUCAUACAGCGCUUCAGUCAGAUCUUGAGAAGAUGCUAAAAGUUGAAAACCCUGAUGAAAAUUGGAAAUCUGUCAUUAUGCGGCAAUCAAUGGAUGAACUAGAAGGAUUAAAAUUCAAGAUUCCGCAAAUACCGCAUCCUGUUUCACAAAUCACUAGAGGAAGUGCAAAUGAUGAUGAUGGCGCUUCGUUCCCUUUAAUACCAACUAAAAUUUCCGACUUAAUUGCGCGUCCAAAUUCAUUGCAUUCUGAUUUUCAAAUAUUGACAUCAUUUAGUGGAAUGAAAGCUUUAGAGUUUGAGUUGCAUUGGAAUCCAAUUAAAAAAAAUAUCUCUAAGAUAGAAUUUGAACAAGUCGUCAACAUGAAGCCUUCAUCUCAGGAGAUGUCAGACACUCUUAAUGAUCUAUGUAGCUGUGCUAGCAGUGAUGAUAUUUUGGAUACGAUAGAUGUGCAAUUUUUUGAAAUUCAUGAUUCACAUUUGAUAACAAGGAAAAAAGAAAAGCAUGAAAGUGGUCACAAGUCAAAAAGAUUAGAACUCGAAGAAGAAGCUUCUUUGAUAGCACCAAGGUGUAUCAAUAACAACAAUUUUAUGACAGGUUCUUGCAAAGAGACGCUUGCAAAAAACAUUCCACAUCAAUCCCACCUUAAAUCUAAUCAUAAAAAAAAAGAGGUUCCUGUCGGCAAUUCCGCUGAUAUCCGCGAUUUACUACAGACUGACAUUAUACCGUCAAAAAUGAAAAUUUCUUCCGACAUACCCGGUUUAUCUAGCGCAGAUAGAGUCAUAAAAUGGCUUUCCAGCUAUGAUGAAUCGAUUUCGGUGAAUAAGGAUAACGAUGUCCACACAAAUAAUGUAGAUUUAUCUGACUUUUCUCCUACUGAUGGUGAAGUCCCAGUUGAGAAUUCUUCAUUGUACUCUAAUGAACAGCAGAACUUUAAUAUCUUUCGAAAUACUUCCUCCAUAUGUAAUGAUGUUUCGUCGAAAACAUUGUUUGAUUUUAAGAAUGUACAAGAUUCUUUUACCAAACCAAAUGAUUUCAAAUCUGGUACUUUUUCGGCAAAAAAGUCAAUAGAUGAUUUCUUGAUUCUGCGAGGAAAAAUUACACCGAAUGAACGUCGAGAUAUUGAAUUAAAAAAAAGGUUUCAUUUCGCAAUCAAAAGCGGGGAAGAAUCAAAACAAGUAGUUCCCAGUAUCAAACCGCCAAACAAUAACGACAGACAUACUCGUUAUCCACACCUAGUCCCUUCGGGGUCACAGCUUACUGACAGUGACAAAAGUAAUAAAAAUGUGCAGAAUGCUCACGUUAUGGCAAGAACCAUUAUCGAGAAUAUAUCAAUGCCAGUAGUUACUCAUAAAUACAUAGUAUCAGCUCGACUUUUGGCAAAUCGUGGCUUGUUAUCAGCUUUAAAAAGUAUUUACUGCAAGGUUGAAGUUUUUGAACGUGAUUUCGAAUACAUGAGACCUUUGUUACCAGAUGACGAAUUAGAAACUCCUUAUAUAGACUGCGAUCUCAUUAUAGAUGGGAGGACUGGAAUUAUAUACUACCCUCUCAAUUUAAUAUCUCAAGAACAAUCCGUCCCAACCAUUACUCGAACAAUCAUUCGUCUCGCACAAAAAUAUUCAAGCUUAUACGUGAUUUUCGAGACUUACACAUGGAAUAACAGAACAACCAACGACAGCGAUACGGGAUUAUACAUUCUUCCGUAUCCAUUUACUUUACCCGUUUUAAAGGCUGUUGCAGGAUUACAGGCCAUCUUAACGCGUUAUUCGUGUGAUGCACACAUAAUAUUUUCUCCCUGUGAAGAAAUGUCCGCAAGACUUGCGAGAUUGAUAGGUGAUCUUUGUGCAUCAAAGUGUGAAGAAGAAAGAGUGAAAGAUCGUCAGCAAUGGGAGAGUAGAGAUUGGAUGACUAUGGAAGAAAGUUUGCAUGAAAGAUUUUUGUCAUGCUUUUCUCCACUGAUUAAUCCAUUCACCGCACAAAUUAUUUUAACCGCCAUAUCCAUGCCUGAAUUCCUCCGAAUGACGCAUAGUGAACGAUAUGCGAUGUUUGGUAGAUGGAUAGAUGAAUGGAGAUUGGAAAAAUUUGAAACAAUAAUACACACAGCUCUUUCAAGCGAUCCUGGACAAUCAUUUACAAACGAUGAACCCGAUGUACAUAUGAAUGAUGAUCAAAUAGAUGCCGAGUGGAUCAAUGAACUCAAAGACUCUGAAUUGGAAGAGUUUUAUAAUUAA